UGCUUUUUAUUCACAGAAUAUAUAUCUCUCUCUCUCUGUUCCAAGAGUGGCCUUAUAAAAACGCUGUCUUUUUCUCAUCUCCGUUCUGUUUCAGCUGAAAGCUCAAUUGGGUUUUGUUCAUUUGUUCUUAUAGUUCAAGUAGUUGUGAAGUAGGCUUCAGGAAAGCAGCUUUCAGAUUCUCUGAUUGUGGUCAUUUUUAGGAACCAGGGUUGGAUCAGUUUUUACUGUUUGUGGGGGAGUUUUGAAUUUUGGGGCUUCCAUUGGUUUUUACAGUCUUGGGUUUAAUCAUUGCGUUUCUGGGAGUGAUGGAUAUUUUGGUCAGAGUUAUUGAGCUGUUAGGUGGGACCGUGGGAAUAGCCAAAAAUAAAGAAGAGACCUUGACUGUUAGAUGAGAUAGAGAUGAGACUGAAGCCUAGAAAAUGAAUACUUCGUACCUACAAAGCUUCUUCUUUGGAGUUUUCCAGAUAAAACCCAACUGGUAGAAUUUUGUUUUUUGUUGUUGCUCUUGUCCUGUAAAUUGAACUCCAAAAAACCGACACAAGUAAGAAGUAUUGUUAGUCUUCCGAUGCCGACGGACUUAGAUAACUCCUCCACAGCUUCAGGAGAGGCUAGUGUUUCUUCCUCCGGUAACCAAACUGCUCCGGCUCCAAAACCAAACACCAAGAAAAAGCGAAACUUGCCCGGAAUGCCAGAUCCAGAUGCAGAGGUGAUUGCUCUGUCUCCGAAGACCCUUAUGGCAACGAACCGAUUCGUCUGCGAAAUCUGCAACAAAGGGUUUCAGAGGGAUCAGAAUCUGCAGCUCCAUCGCCGAGGUCAUAAUCUGCCGUGGAAGUUGAGGCAGAGAUCGACCAAAGAGGUCAAGAAGAGAGUCUAUGUCUGCCCUGAAGCUUCUUGUGUCCACCAUGAUCCUUCUAGAGCUUUGGGUGAUCUGACUGGGAUUAAGAAGCACUUUUGUAGAAAGCACGGCGAGAAGAAGUGGAAAUGCGACAAGUGCUCGAAGAAAUAUGCGGUUCAGUCGGAUUGGAAAGCUCAUUCUAAGAUUUGUGGCACCAGAGAGUAUAAAUGUGAUUGUGGGACUAUGUUUUCAAGGAGGGAUAGCUUCAUAACACACAGGGCUUUCUGUGAUGCUUUGGCUGAGGAAAGUGCUAGAGGUCCUGCUCAGACUCAAAAUGUGAAUUUGAAUUCAGAAUCAGACCCAAAGGUUCAGACAGUAAAUUCACAUCCACCACCACCACCUCCUGCACAGGCUUCAGUUCCAUCCCAACCCUCAAAUUCUUCAGCUCCAUCUCAACAACCAGCUGCUCUGGCUAUUCAGAGUUCAGUUGCAAUGCCAGAGUUGCCUGAAAAGCUCCCAGAAGAUUGCCCUGCUGUGACUCAGCGGAAAGGACACUGUAGCAGUAGCAACAGCUCGGGCAGCAAUGGUAGUACAAGCAGUAGUGUAUUUGCAAGUUUAUUUGCUUCGUCAACAACAUCUGGAGCAAGCUUGCAACCUCCUCAACCUCCUGCAUAUACAGACUUAAUUCGAGCCAACAGGCAACCAGACCAACCAACUGACCUGGCGACAUCGUCUUCAAUCGAGCCUAUCUCUCUUGGCCUCUCAACCAGUCACACGUCCUCGAUUUUUGGGACAGCAGGACAGGAGCAUAGGCAGUAUGCGUCUCCACCUCAACCUGCAAUGUCUGCCACCGCACUGCUUCAGAAAGCUGCUCAAAUGGGUGCAGCAGCGACUAAUGCAUCAUUGCUCCGUGGGUUUGGCAUUGUGUCCUCCGCAUCUUCUUCUGCAGAACAAGAGAGCAUGCAAUGGAAUCAGCGACAAGCAGAAACAGAUAGUGCCUCAAUUGCUGCAGGGCUUGGACUUGGUCUUCCUUGUGAUGGUUCUGGAUGGAAGGAAUUAAUGAUGGGAAGUCCUUCAAUGUUUGGUCCUAAGCAGACAACACUUGAUCUUUUAGGAUUGGGAAUGGCUGCUGGUAAUAACCCCAACAGUGGCCUGUCAGCCCUAAUUACUUCCAUCGGUGGUGGUCUAGAUGUGGCUUCUGCAGCUGCAUCAUUUGGAAGUGGAGAAUAUGGCGAUAAAGAUUUGGCCAGGAGCUCAUGAAAUUGAAAAAGAAACAAGUCCUUGUCUCCAUCUGACUUGAAGAACUGGUGUAAAGGUGCAGAAUGAACAAUGAUCCCAAGACGAUAUAAACAGUAAAAAUAUUGAAUUGCGCUCAUAGGAGGUAAACAUCAGACAGGCGGUUGAGUCUUUUUUUUAAUGUUCUGCUGCCAUGGUGACUGAGGGAGGAAAUGAGAGUAUGUUGCUUGUGUGGAUGUUUUGAAGUGUAAAAUCUCAGAACCGUUCUUCCCUGUGUUGUUUAACCUUGGAAUCAUAUGGUGGUGCAAGCUAGAGGAUGAAGAGAAGGCGAACAUGUGUCUUUAAGGUGCUUUGGUGAAUGAAUGUGUACCUGCUGCAGAACAUGUGUCUUUAAUUCUGUCAAAUUUCUAACGCCAAGCCCUGUGGUAAAGGAUGAGUUUGAAUUUUUACCACCAUGGACUUGUAGAUUAGGCUGUAGUAGAAACACAGGUUUGGGGCUGAUAUUGUAAAAUACUGUGUUAGUAGUUACUAGUUAGUACGCUAGUUUAGGAGUCCUGGCAUGGAUUUGGAUCAACUUCCAUGUCUUGUACUUGUAGUUAAACUAAGAUCAAGUUAUUAUAAACUUAGAUCAAUCAUAGUCUCAACCUUUCAC